AUGUCCGGUUACGGAGACAACAACGACAACAGCUACGGCAGCUCUGGCCGCCAAGGCGAUAGCUACGGAGACAAUCAGAGAUCUGGCGGACUCGGAGACAAUGAUCGCUCUGAUCGUCUCGGUGGAAGCGACUCUUACGGCAGCAGCCGACGAUCAGGUCAAGACGACAUCGACAGCUAUGGCAGCUCUGGCCGAAACACUGGAUCUUCUGGCCUAGGCGGUAACAAUAGCGAUAGCUAUGGCUCCGCCAGCCGCGAUAAUGAUAAUAGCUAUGGCAGCAGUGGGACUGGACGAUCGACAGGCUAUGGAGGCUCUGACAGCUAUGGAUCUUCAGGCCGCGAUAACGAUUCCAGCUCCUAUGGAAGGAGUACACAAGGCGGAGGUGACAGCGACAGCUUUGGCGACAAGACUUCAUCCUUCGGCGACUCUGAUCGCACUGGCGGCGUGAGCGGUGGCAGCUACGGCUCCUCUGACAACGACCGCACCAGCGGCUCCACAGGCGCAGGCUACGACAACAAGACUAGCUUAGGCUACGGCGACUUCGACCGCACGACCGGCAGCGACUCCUACGGCUCCUCCAACACCCGUGAUAAUGACAACUCCUACGGUUCGUCUAACACCAGCAGCGGCCUAGGAGGAAGCGACUCCUACGGCUCCUCCAACCGCCGUGACGACAACGACUCCUACGGCUCUUUCAACACAAGCGACGGUGGCUCAUACGGCUCGUCUGGGAAUGACUCGUACGGCUCCUCGAACCGCAACAAUGAUGGCAGCAAGAAUGACUCCACCAUGGGCAAGCUCAUGGAGAAGGCGGGUGGAAUGUUGAAGAAUGAUAACAUUGCUGAGAAGGGUCGUGCGAGGCGUGAUGAGGCUGCGUAUGGUGGUAACAAUGAUAGCAACUACUAG